AGUGAUUCCCAUCAAGCUCUGAUCAAGAAACCUGUAAUUAGAGGCAACGUGUACCUCCUUUCAUAUUAUGAUCGAAUGUGUCUGUCUGUAUAUAUGGAAUCGGUAUAUGUAUAUAUAUAUAUAGAUUAUAGAGAUAAGAAGAGAAAUGUGUUCAUUUCAAUCAAAGCUGCAUAACUUCUUCAAAACCCGAAAGAAGAAGAAUAGUACAAAAGCUGCCAUGGAUACCAAAUCUUAUGAUGAUUUUGAACCAUUCUGCAACUGGACCAGAGAGGAAGGAGCCGAAACUCUUGUACUCCAUCUUCCCGAAUUCAAAAAAGAGCAGCUAAAGGUCCAUGUCAACAGUCUGGGAACCCUAAAGAUCACAGGAGAACGCCCUCUGGACAGGACAAGAUGGAGCCGUUUCAGCAAGGAAAUUAAAAUUCCAAAUAAGUGCAAUUCAGAUGAAAUCCAUGCCAAGUUUGCUGCUGCCCGCCUUUAUAUUGUAAUGCCAAUCAAGAAAAUCACCAAUCCAGAUCAACCCAAACCACUCCAAAACUCUCAACAGAAUGUUUCAAAAACUACAGAGACCAAUCAGCCUCAAGUGAGUAAGAAACCUACUCUUAAUUCUGAGAAAUUAGGAGGUUUUAGCCAAACAAUGGAAAAUAAAGCAGCCGAGAAUGGGAUGGAAAGGUCAGUUACAAGGGUGAGAUUGGGUAGAAAGGUGGCCAUCAAUGUUGCUGUGGUACUGCUGCCUGUGGUGUUGGCUCUUGGUGCAUAUAUAGUAUAUAGAUAUACGACAUCUGAUCAUCAUCCUUUGGAUGUGUGAAUGUUGAGCUUAACCUAUAUGCUUUAUAUAUUAAUAACGAUAAUUAAUGCAUGUAACAAAUUCAGACUGAAUUUAUUAUUCAGACCAUUUAUUGUCCUCAAAAAUAUAUUGUGUUGCAAUGGUUAAUUUUUUUUUUUUAUC